CCGGACCAGAACAGCCGCGUCGAGGCGGCCCUCGAGACCCCCGGCCCCGACCCAUCCCACCACCACCCCCACCCCCACCUCGCCUCCCGGAUCCGCACCCGAUGGGCAGCCUCGGCGGCGACGCGGAGCCGCAGGGCGCGAGGCGGCGGCCGCGGUUCCUGUGCCUGCACGGGUUCCGCACCAGCGGCGAGAUCAUGCGCAAGCAGGUGCUCGGGAAGUGGCCCGCCGACGUCACGGCGCGCCUCGACCUCGUCUUCGCCGACGCGCCGUUCCCCGCCGAGGGCAAGUCCGACGUCGAGGGCAUCUUCGACCCUCCCUACUACGAGUGGUUCCAGUUCGACAAGAGUUUUAUGGAGUACAGGAAUUUCGACAAGUGCCUGGCCUACAUCGAAGAGCUGAUGAUAAAAGACGGCCCCUUCGACGGACUGAUGGGUUUCUCCCAGGGUUCCAUUCUGUCGGCGGCGCUUCCGGGGCUCCAAGAACAAGGGCUGGCCCUGACUAGAGUCCCGAAGGUCAAGUACCUCAUCAUCAUCGGUGGCGCUAAGUUCCAGUCACCCACGGUGGCCGGCAAGGCGUACGCCAACAAGAUCGCAUGCCCCUCGCUUCACUUCAUCGGUGAAAACGACUUCCUGAAAGUCCAUGGUGAAAAGCUGAUAGAAUCAUGCGUGGACCCAUUCGUAAUCCGUCACCCAAAGGGCCACACAGUUCCGAGGCUCGAUGACGAGAGUUUAGUGGUCAUGCACCGUUUCCUUGAGAAGAUUGAGGGGGAGGUACUUGAGUAUUCGUCCAAAGAUGUCAACGAAACCGAAGUGGGCAUGUGAUAAAGACUUUAGACCAUUAGUACUUGAUGUUGGCGAAAAGGCUAUACUUGUACUAUUUAUUUACAGAAUGAACAUGUGAUGUAACCUCGAUUUUCAUGAGGCAUGAUUAUGAAAAAUACAGAAUAAUUGUUUUAUAUUCUAUAUUACUUGAAUCAGAAUA